UGUGUCCUGUUUGUUUCCCUGAGAUAAGGUGAAGAGCACAGGCGAAGCUGAGCGGAACAGGAUGCAGGCUAUCAAAUGUGUGGUCGUGGGAGAUGGAGCUGUGGGUAAAACAUGUCUUCUCAUCAGCUACACAACCAAUGCCUUUCCCGGAGAGUAUAUUCCGACUGUAUUCGACAACUAUUCAGCCAAUGUGAUGGUGGACAGCAAGCCAGUCAACCUGGGCCUCUGGGAUACAGCUGGACAGGAAGAUUACGACAGGCUCCGCCCACUGUCCUACCCACAGACGGAUGUUUUCCUAAUCUGCUUCUCCCUGGUCAGCCCGGCAUCCUAUGAGAACGUCAGAGCGAAGUGGUACCCUGAGGUGCGUCACCACUGCCCCUCCACGCCCAUCAUCCUGGUAGGCACCAAGCUGGAUCUGAGGGAUGAGAAGGACACCAUUGAGAAACUGAAGGAAAAGAAGCUGGCACCUAUCACAUAUCCACAGGGCCUAGCUCUGGCUAAGGAGAUAGAUGCAGUAAAGUACCUGGAGUGCUCAGCUUUAACCCAGCGUGGUCUGAAGACUGUGUUUGAUGAGGCCAUUCGAGCCGUCCUCUGCCCUCAGCCCGCCAAGGUCAAGAAGAAGCCCUGCUCGCUGCUGUAAAUGAUUCUCACUGGAACACCAAGGACAAGAAAACGGACUGGAGACCCCGAAGAAUACUUGUAACUAGUUUAAAACAAAAAUAACUUGAUGGCAUUUAUAAGUCAGCAGUAGCAAUAUUUCAUGUACAGCAUGCACUGUUUGUUUUUUAAAGUUCAUUAUAGAUGCUGCACCAGACACGAUCACUUUGUAAAAUAUGCCACGUUACACAUGCGAAGCAUCUACAGUACUAACAACAAUAUAUAAAGAUGUAUUGAGAAACUUAAAAUAAAAUAAAAAUAACAUUUGUAACUGAAUGAAAAACAAUGUUUCAAUAUUUGUUCAUUGUUUUUUGAGGGUCAUGAAUGUGAGGAACAGAGAUGAUAAUUUUAUGUGAGGAGGAAGCAAAGCAAAGUUUGUCUGAAUAAGAAUUAUUUUAUUUGUUGUGGUAUUAAAAUAAAAUGCCUGUAAUCCCUUUAA